AUGGGUAAUGAUGGCCCGGAAAUGCCAAUUUCUCAACUAGGUUUCCUGCGGGCUCGCGGAACGAGGCUGGGUCAUUUAACCGUCAAAAUAGCACGUCUCUAUGGCGGCCAGUCUCAAAUGUGGAGCCCCGUCACCGGGUCCGAGACAUCGUUGUUGCUUGCGUCGGCUGGCCCAAUUUGGCGGAAUCCGGUGGAGGCCGCCCGCCUAAUCCGCGCCGCGCGACGGCGCCCAUCAUCUCUCACCCGCGGACGCGACGCGACGCGACGCGACACGCGCACGAUGGACCCCGAGGAGAGCACCCCGGAGGACCUCGACGCCUACUUCGUGUCCUUCCGCGAGGUCAAGACCGGCCCGUGCCAUCGGUACUACCUCAUCCGGGGAGACUCGCGGGGAGGGCAGACGCUCGGGGCUGUCGGUGUCCCGUCCUCCUCCGGCGCGGCGUCUGGCGCGCAGCCCGCGUACGACUACCGCAACGCGCGGAACUUCACGAACCACGGGACUCUCGCCACGUCGUCGAAGCGGGAGCUGAUGACUUGGCUCGACGGCGUCGUCGCGGAGGGGAUCGCGCGACAGGCGGUGGAGACGGGCGGGGGCGCCCCCGCCGAGACCGGCAGGGCGAACGACGACGACGGGGGCGCGGUCGGGGGCCAGCCGGGCGGGGGCUCGGGCGCGAACCCGUCCUCGCCGCGCGGCAGCGAGUGGAUCAACUUCUCGCAGGAUAAGUUCAGCUUCCCAGACGGCAGACGGGGCAUCCGCUUCUACCUCGUCGACGCCCAAGGCGGCGCCACCGCCGCGGUGCUCGGCGAGGAACGCGACACCCGAGACGGCCAUUACGUCUACCGCAAAGACGACGACUUCACCGCGGGACCGCCUUUAAACUGCGGUAACCUCACCGGCGUGCACAGGUGGCUCCGGGACAUGUGCGCGGGAGGUGCGGGGGUGUUGUUGGGCACCGCGGGUGCGCACGUUCCCAAGAGGGGCGGCGCCAAAGGAGGCGGCGCCGGGCGGGGCGGCGCAGCCGGCGGCGGAAACAGAAACGAUCGCGAGCACCCGCUCGACGUCCUCGGAAAGCGCCGCGCGCCGUCCGAACACCACAGGAGCUCGCACACCGGCGACGAGGACACGAUCGCCACGCGAAGGCUUCGGGUGGAGGAGAGGGAGGUGCGUUGGCUGACCGCGAGGCGAGCGGCGCUCGCGUUCGUCCGCGAAGAGAUCCACCCGCACACGCAAUCGGAGAUAUCGAAAGUCGCGAAAGCUUUAGCGGAACACGUCGCCGACUCCGAGGAGGCUCAUUUUCCGGGGGGAACGAACAAAGCGAAGGGGAAAAAGGCGAAGGAACGCGCGGAGAACGCGCUGGCGCGCGUCGUCGAGGCGCUCCGUUCGCUCUCCUCGCAGUACGUCUCGCUCAAGGUGAUGGACGGCACGAACAUCGUACGCUCGGUGGCGUCGCUGAGGACGCACCCCCACCCGACGGUGGCGAAGAUGGCGGAAAGUCUGUGCACCCAGUGGCUCGGUUCGGUGCACAACGCGGUGGGGACGCUGGCGGCGUCGUACGAGCGCCCGCCGCCGCCGCCGCCCCCUACGCUAAACCCGAACACGGGCGCGAGCGGCGCAAAGAAACCCAAACCCGUGUACGACGAGGCUUUUUUGGCGGCGAUGCGAAACGAGCCGCAGCUUCGCCGGACGCGUCAGAAAACGGUCGAUAAAACGGCCGCGACAAACCCCGGCGUCGGAGGCGGGAGUGGGGGCCCCGGGGGAGUCGGUUCGGGGGGAGCGUCGGGCGGCGGGGGCGACGCCAAGCCGCCGCCCGUCGCCGCCCCCAAAGCGGAGCCUAAGGCGGCGGCCGCCAAAGCGGCGACGGCCAAGUCGCAGCACAAGUCGCCCCCGAAACACGCCGCGAAGGUUUCCCCGCCCGCCGCCGCCGCCGCACAACCCGCGGGGGGUAAGAAGAAGGGCGGAUCUCCCGUGUUCGCGCCGCACAACCCGGGAACCCCCCUCGGUAAGGGUCGGAAGCUGUGCCUCGAGUGCAACGGCGUGGUCGGCUCUCCGACGCGCGUCUGCCCCCACUGCAACGCGACGCUGCCGUUCAAGCAACACGCCGCCAACUCACCCAAGGGCGCGGCGGCGAAGAACGCGGCGGCGGCGGCGAAGAGGAGGGCCUCGGCGGAAGGAGACGGUGGAGGGGGCGCCGGGGGGGGCGCGGGGGGCGGCGGCGGCGGCGGCGGCGGCGGCGGCGUCGGCGCCAGCGCGUCGGUGGCGCAGUUCCUCGGUCGUCACCGCGAGCGCUUCGUCUCGUGCAAGGUGUCGCAGCUCAGGCGGAACGUCCAGGAGGUUUGCGAGGGGGUGAGGGCGGUGCUCGACGCGGGCCGGGUGCAAGACCCGGGGGCGGCGAAGCACCUGAGGGAGAUGAGCAAGAAGGUCGGGGAGGUGCGGCUGCUUCAGGGGGUGGUGGAGAGGCCGCGCGCGCGAAAGGAGGUGAUGGGGCUCAUCGAAGCCGCCGUGAAGGUGUGCAACCGACACGGCGUGUGA